AUGAACAAGUUGUCCACCAGUCUACCGCCGGCAAGUGUCACCGAUUGGCUCGAGCAUUUCACAGAAGAACAAAUUCAAGAGUUUCGACAAGCGUUUCUUCUUUACGACAAAGAUUCAGACGGUGCCAUUAGUCCCAAAGUGCUCGGAAGUGUAAUGAGAACACUUGGGCAAAAUCCCACAGAAGAUGAAUUGAAAGGAUUAAUCAACGAGUUCGACUGUGAAGGCAAAGGAUUAAUCGAUUUUAAUGAGUUUCUUCAAAUGAUGGCUAAACGAGCCGAUGAACAUAACGAAGAGGAUGAACUAAGACAAGCUUUUCGUGUGUUUGAUAAGAAUGGAAAUGGUUUUAUCAAGGUAGCUGAACUAAGGAAUGUGAUGACUACUCUGGGUGAACAAUUUUCCGAUCAUGAAGUAGACGAAAUGCUACAUGAAAUAGAUAUAGCUGGUAAUGGAAUCAUCCGUUAUGAAGAACUUGUUAAAGUUGUUAUGGGUAAAUAA